AUGAAACCCGGCGUUCUCAUUCUUUGCACCGGUAAUUCCUGCCGCAGCCACAUGGCUGAAGGCAUCUUACAAGCCUCCGCCGGCGACCUUGUCGAAGUUCACAGCGCAGGGUCGAAGCCUGCUGGCUAUGUCCACCCCAAGGCGAUUCAGGUGCUGAAGGAGAUUGGAAUCGACAUUUCUGAUCACACGUCUAAGGACAUGAACACCUUUCUCGACCGCCAGAUUGCGACUGUCAUCACUGUUUGCGGAAACGCCGAUAAGGCGUGCCCCGUAUUUCUCGGGCAGUUAAAUCGCUAUCACUGGGGUUUUGAUGACCCCGCUCACGCCGAGGGCGGUGAGGAGAAGGUGCUGGCCGAGUUUCGCCGCGUGAGGGAUGAGAUCCGCAAAGUGAUUGAUGCCUACGCUGCGGGGCUACGCGAAGGCGCUUCUUGGAAGGAGACAUCAGUACCUGUACACAAAGUUUGA